UAAAGUAAAUAAAUUCUCUAAUUGUUGGCGGCUCGGAGUCGGAGUUCUUCCACGGUACGCAUCCCCCAUUACUUCCCCAGCGUCAUCAGCUCGCGUUUCGAUCGAUCCUUCUCCGCUUCCCAUGGGCCUCGUCGAGUUCUCUCGCCGCCGCCGGCGGUGGCUCGUCCUCGCUGCGGCCGCGGGCAUCUCCGGAUACGGCGCUUACAAGCUCUACCACCUCCCUUCCGUGGCCCGGAAACGCAGGAAGUUCGCCAGGCUCGUCGGAACCCUGGUCGCCGUUGCCGACGCCGCCGCCUCCUCCGCCGAGACCGUAGCCCUCGUCUCCUCCGACCUCAACCUCUUUCUCCGCUCCGACUCCGACGAGAUCCCCACCAGCUUGAAUCAAAUCUCCAAGAUUGCCCGUUCGGAUGAGUUCUCCGGCUCGCUCUCUAGGGUUACCGAAGCGCUGACCGUCGGAAUCUUGCGCGGCUUCCAAUCCAGCGCGGUUCCAUCCGAGUCGGUGUCGAGAUCCAGCUUGUCUGAUCGUUUUCUCGAUAAGCUCUUCUCCAACGCCGGUUCCGGCUUUGUCUCCGUGGUGGCCGGAAGCUUCGCGAGGAGCAUGGUGAUGGCCUUCUCCUCGAGAGGUACCGACGGUGGAGAGGUCGGCACAACGCAGUCGGACUCGCCGGCGGUGCCGCGGUGGGUUCCCGUGAUUUGCAGCGAUAAGUGCCGGGAGUUGAUCGGUGAUUGCAUCCAGUUAUUCGUGAGCACUGCCGUCGCGGUGUACCUCGACAAGACAAUGGAUAUCAAUCCUUAUGAUGAAAUCUUCUCCGGCCUCACCAAUCCCAACCAUGAGGCCAAGAUGAAGGAUAUGUUAACUUCUGUCUGUAAUGGUGCUGUGGAAACUCUAGUAAAGACUUCGCACCAGGUGCUCGCCAGCUCCAACUCGGGCUCCUCGGUUAGCAGAGUUCAAGGUUUGGUGCAAGGGGAGGAGAAUGAGAGGACAAGUGCAUUUGAUCAUAAGAGGAAGGAUGGUGGUGGAUGGGUUCAACAGGUUUCUUCCUCAUUGGCAGUGGCGAGCAACCGGAGGUUUGUUCUUGAUAUCACGGGAAGGAUAACAUUUGAAACGGUGAGGUCAUUUCUUGAUUUUGUGCUCUGGAGGCUGUAUGAGGGUGCGAGGAGAGGGGUUAAUGCUGUCAGUGAGGAGGUGAUUGCGAGGGGAUUGGAAGUGUUAAAGUUCAUCAGUGCCAAGUCCAUGGUUAUUGUUACCAUAUGCCUCGCCUUGUGCAUGCAUGUUUUGACCGGGACGAGGGUUUUGAUGCCGGCUUAAGUUGGUUGUGGAAUCCUCAAACAUGUGUCAUAACCAUCAAAUUAUAUAAGAAAUAUUGCUCUUAUGCUUCGGAAAGGCCUUUUUUCACUGGUAUUGAUGCUUGUUCUCAAGAUUGGCAAUUCAAAAGGGGAAAAAGAAGUUCCUAUAGAUAAUUAUUUGUAUCUGAAGGGCAACCCUAACCUUUUAUUUCAGUGGUUUCUAGUGUUUGUAUUGCUGAAACUUCGAAAAUUUUAAAAACAAUGAUAUGUAAAUAUGCUAUAUACUUGAAGAAGUUCCAGUAAACAGCCAUAUGGGGUAGGAAAUGUUCUGUGCUAGGGGUUUUCUAUUGCUAUUGUUAGAAGAAUUUGCACUGUACACUGCAUUUCAAAAUUGCUUGGCUAUCUUUUUAUCAA